UAUAAACCUCCGUUGCUUUCAGUCGCGGCCUAUCUCGGACUUCCCUGGCUUUCAGCUAACUUGGCUGGGCGGUCGGCAAGCUCCGGCGACCUCCCCGGCGUCGGAAACCAAACCGUUUUUCGCUUUCUAAUCUCUUCUAUUCGAUCCCUUCCUUUCCUCUUCUCGAUUCUCUGUAUCUUAAGAUCCAGGAUCCACCAGUUUUCCGGUGGUUUUCUGUAGGCAAUCGCCAUGAAACUGGAUAUCUAAGGCCAUAUCGGGCAUCUCCUUGGAGAAAUUUUUCCUCCAUUUGAGUCAGAUCCUGUAUCGCUGCCGUUACCGGGUGUUAUUCCGGUCCGCGGACGCGGUUUUCCGUGCAGUAGCGAUUUCUCCAUCGGCGGAGAAGGUUUUUCGUUUGAUCUAGUGAAAGAGAGAUGCCAUCCGGGACGAGGCUACCGACGUGGAGGGAGAGGGAGAACAACAAGAGGAGGGAGCGGCGGCGGCGGGCGAUCGCCGCGAAGAUCUUUGCGGGGCUCCGCAUGUACGGCAACUACAAGCUCCCGAAGCACUGCGACAACAACGAAGUCCUCAAGGCCCUUUGCAACGAGGCCGGCUGGACCGUCGAGGAAGACGGCACCACUUACCGGAAGGGAUGUAAGCCAGUUGAGCGCAUGGAUGUUGUUGCCGUAGGGGGCUCAGUUUCACCGAGCCCAUGCACAUCUUACCAGCCAAGCCCUCGUGCAUCCUAUAACCCUAGCCCGGCCUCAUCCUCCUUCCCAAGCCCAUCCUCCUCUUACAUCACCAAUGCUUACAAAGGAACAGAUGGCAAUUCCCUCAUCCCUUGGCUCAAGAACCUCUCCUCAGCCUCCUCCUCCACAUCCUCCUCGAAGCUCCCCAACCCCCACCAUCUCUUCAUACAUGGAGGCUCCAUCAGUGCCCCUGUAACCCCUCCACUAAGUUCCCCAACUGCUCGAUCACCUCGCAUUAAGACCGACUGGGAUGACUCAGCAGCCCAGCCACCUUGGGCAGGUGCCCAGUACACUUUCCUGCCUUCCUCCACCCCGCCAAGCCCUGGCCGUCAGGUCCUUCCUGAUCCUGCAUGGCUUGCAGGGCUCCGCCUCCCAUCUGGGGGUCCUUCAUCGCCCACCUACAGCCUUGUCUCUUCGAAUCCAUUUGGCUUCUUCAAGGAGGCAUCGGCCGGUGCAGGAUCGUCCAGAAUGUUGACUCCAGGACAGAGCGGGACGUGCUCUCCUGUGCCAGGUGGAGGACAUGCAGAUGUUCAGAUGUCCGAUGGCAUUUCGGAUGAGUUUGCAUUUGGGAGCAGCAGCAAUGGCGAUCUUCCAGCAAAUGGGUUGGUGAAGCCCUGGGAGGGAGAAAGGAUCCAUGAGGAAUGUGCAUCCGAUGAGCUGGAGCUUACCCUUGGAAGCUCAAGGACCAGAUCUGGUGCCUGACCAGCAUUCAAGAUCAUAAACAUCUCUUUCUCCUGUUUCUGUUAAUGUGCUGCUAAUAGAGAGGUAGAGAGGGUUCAAGAUGCCAUCAGUAGUUUCUCGUCCCCUUUCAGGAGAUUGAAAUAGGUUAAUUCUGUUUCAAAAAACAGUGAAUCUGAGUUAUGCCCUAGAGAGUGCGGUAGAAGGAAUGGCAAAAAUUAGAAGUUUCUGAGAAGAAUGAGGGGACUAGGGACAGGGUAUUGUGAGUAAGGUUCGUGUGGAAUUCUUUUUGCUGUUUUAACAUUAUAUUUUAGAUUACAUGGAUUUACUUUUACCACC